CGCUUCCGAGUGCUUUUUGUGUGGCCAACUUCUGGAGCAGUAUUAGCGCGACGGUUUCAGCAUUGCGGAUUAACGGAAGAGUCGUACCUUGUCUGGAAGAGAGAAACAAGACACGAUGACUUCGACAAACAUGUUUCAGGGUCUCGACGAAGGAGCGAAACCCAGUUCGAGGGUUUUGCGACCUCCUGGCGGUGGCAGCAGUAACAUAUUUGGUGGUUGUGAUGAGGACUCUAGUGCUUCCAGACGACCAAACAAGAUGGCCUCCACGGUAUUUGCACCUCCAGAAGAGCCUCAAGGAGGUCCCAAACGCUCUAAUCCCCCAGGUGGCAAGAGUAGCGGAAUCUUUGGAGAGCCUGAGGCUCCAUCCUCUCAGGCUAAGCCUGUCCCUCCAGGUGGAGUGAGUAACAUCUUUGGUGGGCCAGAGUCAAACCCAUCUGUUGUUAAAAGUCAUCCAAACAAACCAAAGGACAACAUAGGUUUGGGUGCAGCCGUUGUACCUGAUCCACCAGCACCUCAGCAAAAAGUGAUUGAAGAAGUUAAAGUUAAGGCAGCGCCUGUCACUCCUGAGGCCACGCCCACAAAGGAGGAACCUGCUGCUGCUCCUGCACCUAUAGCCACAGCCACUCCGGAUGCUGAGUCUUCAGCCAGCCAGCCAUCGGAGAAGGACCAUGAGCCACGCCUCGGACCUCGCCCUCGCUCACACAACAGAGUGCUCAAUCCUCCUGGUGGAAAAUCCAGUGUGGUCUUCUACUAACCAGUGCCAUUUUUUUCUCACUGUUCCUCUCACUCCAGUCUCUUUUACUAACACUGCUACCUUAUAUCUUUCCUUUAUGCUACUGCUUUCAGUAUGUCCAGCUUUGUUUUUGUUUGUUUUUUUUUUAAUGCUUCCUCAUUGUGAGCUCACUCGCUUGCUUGCUCACUCUCUCUGUCUUUCUUCCUUCCUCAUUCCUUAAUUCUUGCACUUUCUAACUCAUUCCUAAACACUCUUUCUGCUUUUAUAUAUAACGGUUUGAGCGACUGUUGAUUUUGUUGCUUCCUCAAUCAAUCAAAUAGUUCAUGUUGCUUCAGUCAGCCUUGCGAGUUGUUUGUGUUUUAUGUGAAUAUGCUCUCUGAAUUUGAUAAUGUAUAGAAUACAAUCCUGUCAUGAUGAAACUGUAUGACGUCUAUGUAAUGUUUUAACUGGAACCACUGUCUAUCGCUAUGGCAACCGCACUCGUUCUAAUGCAGUGGUACCCAAGCCCUGUCUCAUCAAUGAUCUGCAUGGUUUUCAAUGCUCUUGCACACCUGAUUAAACUCAAGAAGGGCUUAGUAAUAAGAUAACGAGCUGGGGCUGGGAGGUAUUUCACAAAGUAGCUGGAGAACUUGAGCCAAAAUUUGACACUCUCCAAUAAGACAAGAGGUAAGGAACAGUCUUAUUGGGCAGUCUUUUCUUAUUUCUUGAAUUAUCCCACCCUUGGAAAAAUCCUGUCUUGUGAAAUAGCCACCAAGUGUGUCUGAGCAUAAAUAAAUGCAAAACUAGCAGUAGGUCCUUUGGACUGGGUCUGGAACUGUUUGUUCUAACAUACCUCUGAAACUUGGUUAGCGUUCUUUUUGGCUCACAGCCAUGCUGAAAACAGCACUAUGAUAUUGUGUCUUGUUCCCUUUUUUCUGCCUUUCUAUUUAGUGAUUGUAACGCCACUGGGUUCUCAGGGAGAAUAGGGAUGGAGGACCUGGUUGGGAGAGCUAGUGACAAUGUCUCUUUUGUAUGUAAGACUAUGCUUAAGAACAUGCACUGUUUAGGGAGGUGCUGAAGCAAUACUGAAACAAAUGCACUCCCAUAUAAACAGGCAACACCAAAGCACACAUGUACAUCAUCAAAUUAUAAUAAAUGUGACAAGGUCAAUUAAAACCAUGCUAACACUGCAUACUGUAUUUGUAAGGGAAUUCUCCAGCAGUUUUCAAACUAAUCUCUUAACUGCUACAGCUAUGGCAUAUGGUGUGUUGCUUCAGACAGAAAUUUUGACACAUUUUGUCUGUACUUGGUGAAAGAACAGAAAAUCUCGACUUAAAAUUGACUUAGAAUAAAAACCACUGCACAAUUGCCAAAAAACUUCCUGUUGGCUUCUUUAUAUGUGCAUUUUAAGUCAACAGGUUUUCUGUCCUUUUCUGAAUAUUGGGAGAAUGUCUGUGGUAUUCGAUUGUAUGUAACAGAUAAGGCAGGCAGAGAUUAGGUUGAGUAUGCUACAGAGUAUUCCUUUAACAAAGUGCACCUUAUCACUCUCUUUGUGCUGUUUUGGUUAAAUUGAGGAAUUUUUGCCAGGGAUGCCUGACCCUAGCCUGGAGGUCCACAGUCCAUGAUCACACACCAUUCUACUUACCCACCAAACCUGGUAAUGAACUGAAUGAGUUGAUCAGUUGAGUUUGAACAAGAAAAUCAUUGACUGUGCUGGACUCUAAGCCUCCAGGACUGGAACUGGACAUUCCUGCCUUAGGACAUCAAAAAAUACUCUGUGAAGAAAAAAAUACAUACAAAUGUGUAGAUGCUCUGGAACGUCCUCUUUUGUACUGAAUGCCAAAGUUUGAGUUAGUUUUCAGUUAUUGUACAAAUCACUAUUUCUGCCUUCAGCGAAACCUGUCUAUUUUAAAGUGAAAACAGCAGUGGGGAGGUCUCGAGUGCCACACGUUUGUGUGAAAAUGGUUUUCUCACAUGUUGCUGCCAGCCCUGCCCAAAGUGGCAGCGUGGUUUUGAGGUAAUGUCAGACAGACAUCUGUAUUACAAUAAACUUUUAUUUUGAUGAUUUA